AUUGUUUUUUCCACACAAGAAAGAAAGAAAGAAAGAAAGAAACAAAGAAAGAAACAGAUAUAUAUAAUCUGUGGAGCGCGUUCUCUUAUAGCCAAUUCUCUGAAUUCCUCUCAAUCUCCUUCGCAUUUCUUUCUGUUUGAGCCGUUCAACCCCAAGAUGGAGAUCGAUAAAGCAAUUAGAGAAUGUGAUGAUGGAAGAUUGAAGACUAAGUAUAAUAACGCCAUUUAUGUUAUUAAAAGAGCACUGGCUCUUUACUCUGUACAAGAGGUCGCGUUAAGCUUUAAUGGAGGGAAAGAUUCUACUGUUUUGCUUCACCUGCUAAGGGCAGGCUGUUUUCUGCAUGAAGCUGAAGAAAAUAAUUUAAGAGGAGAUGCAGCUGAUGGUGGAAAAACAUUCCCGAUACGAACAAUAUAUUUUGAGAGCCCAUCUGCUUUCCCUGAAAUCAACUCAUUUACCUAUGAAGCUGCAGCAACUUACAACAUUCAAAUGGAUAUUAUUAGACUCGAUUUUAAAUCAGGUCUGGAGGCUCUGCUAAAGGCGAAUCCAAUUCGAGCUAUUUUUCUUGGUGUCCGAAUCGGAGAUCCUACUGCAGUAGGUCAAGAGCAAUUCUCACCUAGCUCCCCUGGGUGGCCACCUUUCAUGAGGGUGAAUCCAAUUUUGGACUGGUCAUACAGAGAUGUAUGGGCGUUCCUAUUGGUGUGCAAGGUUCAGUACUGCAGUCUUUAUGAUCAGGGGUAUACCUCAAUAGGGAGCAUUCAUGACACUGUUCGUAAUGCACUUUUGUGCAUCAGGAACUCGGACAAUAGUGAAGAGAAGUUUAAACCUGCCUAUUUACUCGCUGAUGGAAGGUUGGAAAGAGCUGGAAGGGUAAAGAAGAACCCUUCUUCGGUGUGUGGGAAGUUAUCUUCUAUUAGCAAUGGAGGGAAAAUGGAGAAUUUGAAUUCCGGUAGCAUGCUUACUGCCUCGAUUAUUUCUGUGGGGGAUGAAAUUUUGUUUGGCACUGUAGAGGACAAAUUGGGGUCUAUGUUGUGUAAAAAGCUCCAUUCUAUUGGUUGGGCAGUAUCGCGAGUUGCUGUCACUCGAAAUGAUAUAGAUUCUGUAGCCGAGGAAGUAGAGAGACGGAAGUCCACAGAUGAUAUGGUACUUAUAUUUGGUGGGAUAGGUCCGUUGCAUUCAGAUGUUACUGUAGCGGGAGUAGCAAAAGCCUUUGGUGUUCGCAUGGCUCCUGAUGAAGAAUUUGAAGAACAUCUGAGGCACCUUAUAGGUGAAAAAUGUUCCGGUGACAAGAACGAGAUGGCGCUGUUGCCCGAGGGUAUUACAGAAUUGUUGCAUCAUGAACAGCUGCCUGUGCCUUUGAUCAAGUGCCAUAAUGUGAUUAUUCUCACUGCGACAAAUGUUGUAGAGCUGGAUCGGCAAUGGGAUUGUCUGAUUGAAUUGGCAAAAUCUAAUGGCAUCCUAGUAUUGAUGGAUCCAUUUGUAUCAAAAUGCUUUGCAACAACUCUUUCUGAUGUCGAAGUUGCUCAACCUUUGUCAAAGCUUUGCGCUCAGUUCCCUGAUCUUUACAUAGGAGGCUAUCGCAGAUCAAGAGAAGGCCCUGUUGUAAUUACAUUUGAAGGAAAGGAUCUAUCAAGAAUAGAAGCUGCUUCUCAGUCAUUGUGCCAGAAAUUUCACGCCGGUGCAUUCUCUGAAAUUGAGUGACAUGCAUUUUCCACUGUUUCCAAUCAUCAUCCUUCUUGGCUUGCAUAUCCAAGUUAUAUUUGCCUAAAAUGGCCUCUAAAUCUUGGACUUACAAAUGCCAAAAAGGAGAUUGAAGGUUUAAUGACUUCCCCGGAACAAUGAAGGAGAAGGAUGGGCUCACCAGAAAGAAAAGAAAAAGGAUCAAGAGGAAAAUAAUUUGCUCGAAAAUGAAAGAGAAAGGAGUAGCUUUGUUUCAGCUCGUCGACUGCAACUCUAAUGCCAAUAUUAACUAUUUCUUUCAUACAGUUUAAGACACAAUUACUUAAAGCUUAUUGAAAUUCUGGGACCUAACAAGCCUUUCUUUGACACAGUAUCUCUCGUAUUCUAUCCAAGUAGUUUAUCUUCUGCAA